AUGCCUCGCAGAAGAAAGGAGGAAGAUGACGAGUCCGAGGAGGAGCUUCAGGCCCUCCCUAGCGAUGAUGAAGAAGAGGAAGAGGAAUACGAAGACUCCGAGGUAGAAGACGAGGAGGAGGAAGGUGACGAGGAAGAGGAAGAGGAGGAGGCGGAGGGUGCCGAGGAAGAAGAUGCAGCACCAGCCGAACCUGCCACCAAGAAACGCAAGGCCGAGGACGAUGCGCCGGAUACCGAUGCAAAGAAGUCCAAGACCAAUGACGUCGACGAAGACGAUGAAGAUGGAGCACCAGGAGAAGACGAUGAAGAGGAAGAAGAGGAAGUGGAAGAUGAAGCUGCAGUCAAGACCUCGACCAAAGUUCUGACCGACGAAGGAACCAAGCCCGUCGCCGCGGAAGCAGAUGAUGAGGGCGAGGAUGAGGAUUGA